AUGGCAAGCCAGCCGAGUUCUGGAGGGUUCUCCCUGUUCCCAAACCCAAACUACAGGCACGCAAGCCCGCGACCCAGAACGGCGACACCAAGCAACGGUGGUGCGAGGGCCACCACCCCUCAGAGCUCUGCCCCUCCCCGCGAUCUUUGGCCCGAGUCCUCGCCGCCCAGGCAGCAUCGCACUCCGGAGCGCAAACCAUCUACCAGGCAAGGCAGGCAGCCUCAGAGCCAAGGUGCCGGCAUCAGCCAAGUGGGCGCUUCUUCAACGCACCCAGGCCGAGCAGAGGAUCCGUGGAUUGGCAGUUCCGCCGCCGCCGCACAGGUCCAACGUCCGGCCGCCGUCGUUGAGGCGCCGCCGAGAUGUGACACUGCCUUCUCAGAAGCGCAGACACUGGUGCGGAGCAACAGUAACAGGUCUUGCACCUCGGCAGGCCACAAAAAUGGUGCCCAAGGCCCGUCGUCUUUGGGAGGUGAGCCUCAAGCGCUGAGGUCGAUAUUCCCAACUUAUAAUCACGAUCUGCCUCCAGAUAGGCAGGAAUACUUUCCGACUCAAGCAAGCCCGACGCAUAUACCUAUGGCCGUCAUUAGCAGGCCUUUGUACUCACCGGAGCCUGAAAUAAUACAUCACACACAACAGCCGCAACAUGCACAACUCCCUUCUCCCUCUCCCCAACUACAUGCGCAACAGUUCCACCGCCCCCUACAAUCAGAUAUGCAAAUGCCACAGCAGCCCGCCCCAACAGCAGUACCGGCAUCAUCUCCGCCACCAAUACCUACCCCCGUGGCCAGGUGGCCGCCACGGCCUGCAGAGCCGCCAACCACACCCCAUGUCAGCUCGACCGAGGAGCUACGGUCGCUGUGGAAAGUAGUGAGCGGCUGGAAGGCCACCGCGUCUGAAGGCCGUCUAUUCUGCCUCAAGAUGACAGCCGAGAGGGACACGCCCAUAUACACCCUCUCGUCGACAACACAACCCUUCUACAACCUCCGCGUCGACCCGACAUCCGCAUCCGCUUACGUCACACUGUCCCGCCACGACCCAAGCAAAGUAUACAAAGCACCAGCCGAGCCGACAUCAACUGCAUCCGACCCCGGAAGCCCCGGCGGAUCCAUGCCUCCGGCAUCCGUGGUCGGCACAGGCAAGGACGGCAAACACUGGCAGUCGGCGCUGACGACGACCCUCGAGGAGACGUCUCGGCGGCACGCGCCAAACGACGGGCUGGUGGCGCUCCUGUACCCGCAGGCGGCGGCGCGGGUGGCGCUGGAGCGACCCGACGACGUGGCGACCAUCAUGACGGCGGAGCGCGAGUGCGCGCGGCUGGUGUGGGACGACGACACGGGCAACCACUACCUGGUGCACCCGGCGCUGGCCAUGCCCUUCUGCGUCACCAUCGACCGCAACACGGCGUGGAGCCGCACCGAGUACACGCUCGAGCACCUCGAGAGCCCGCAGCACAUUGCGCGGCUCACGCGCGACGGCACCGGCAACGGCUGGCUCGAGCUCGACACGGGCAUCGCCGCCAAGAUCGACAGCGUCUACAUCGUCGAGGUCGCCGUCGCCGCCCUGAUGCUCGUCGCCCACGGAGACACCCUGUUCACCCGCAGCGAGGUCUUUGAGGCCCCGCCCGUGCACAUGAUCUUUGCCGCGCCGCCGCCCAGCUGUGGUUCCGGCUCUGGGGAGGGCGGCAGCGGCGCCAAGAAGAACAAGAGGCGGGACAGGAAGAGCUCCCGCGCCACCGCCAAAAAGAGCGGCAGCAGCAGUAGCAGCACGCCCAGGACGAAGCUGGAUCAGUUCGAGCUGGAUAUCGAGAGCCAGACGAGCGACUUGGCCAAGUUGGAUGUCGUCAAGGAUAAAGACAAGAAGCUGCCUAGUCUGGCGAGGCUGGUCAUCAAACUCAUCACGGUGACUUUCAAGUGCUUCAUCUGGGUGCUGACGGCCAUUUUCAAGGCCUUGACUGGCUGUAUAUCCGUGUCGGCUAGAUGUCUGACGUCGGAGAAGCUCUAA